AUGUUUCAUUUUUUGAUCAUCUUCCUUUUCUUACUUAAUAAUGACCUCAUUAUAUGUUUUAAAAUAAAAAAUUGGAAAAGCCAAUAUGUCCCACGUUACUCGGCUAAUACGAAUAAUUCCCCUUUUGAGAAGGGAGAAACAAAUCGGUACUCCUUUUCAUUUUCAUUAAAAAAUAAAGAAGUGCAUGAACAAAAUGAAUCAAACAUAUUUGAUAAAUCGUAUGUUUACCACACACCUGUCUUACUGGAGGAGGUAAUACGACAUAUACGUUACAGGGAUACGUAUGACCAAACGGGCGAAGAUGUUAGUGGUGGUGGUAGUGCUCAUAAUGAUGCUGAUAUCGGUGUUGAUGUUGGUACUGAUGUAGGUGUUGAUGUUGGUACUGAUGUAGGUGUUGAUGUUGGUACUGAUGUAGGUGUUGAUGUUGGUACUGAUAUCGGUAUUAGUGGUGGUAACAGUGGUAACUGCACGAAACUAACCCCUACCGUCUCAUCAAAUAACAGAUGGAUGACUUUGAACAAACACAAUGAGAGAAGACCACCUAUCGACAGUGAAAAUGAAAAAGCAAAAAAAACAAAUAGUAGUAAUUUUCCAUAUAAGGAGGGUGCAAACAUUUUUUACUUGAAUGACGUUAGAUCAAUUAAAGAGGAAAGCAACACAAAUGGGGAGAAAGAAGUGGGGUAUUACAUUGAUUCAACUCUGGGAGGAGGUGGUCAUACUUUGGAAAUUUUAAAAAAUAUUACAGAAUGCAAAGUGAUAGGAAUAGAUAAAGAUAUAGAAUCAAUAUAUUACAAUAAAGUAAAACUACAAAAUUAUUUAAGACAAAAUAGACUGACACUUAUACAGGGUGAUUAUAGAAAUAUAAUACAUUUACUUAGUUAUCAUUCUUUACCUUUAUUUAAUAGUUACAACGGCAUGAUAGUAGAUCUAGGUUUAUCUUCACACCAGUUGACAUGUAGCAAAAGGGGGUUUAGCUAUAAAUAUAAUGGCAUUCUAGAUAUGAAUAUGAACAAAUAUACGGAAAGAGAAUACAUAAGGCGUGGUAUGUCAAAAGAUAAAGCGAUUGACCAUGUUUCAAAAAACAGCGUGAGUGAUGAUUCUUCAAAAAAUUAUGCAUUUGAUGAUACUCCAAAAAGUAACUCAAGUAAAUGUAUUAAUAAGCAUGACAGAAACAUGAUGAACAAAAUACAUGUUAUCCUAAACACUUAUAGUUUUAAAAAACUAAAAUUUAUUAUAGAAACAUAUGGUCAGGAAAAAAAAGCUUCAAAGAUUGCAAGGAAGAUUAUCUUAUGGAGGAAAAAUAAUGAAAAGAUGAUAACAACCACAUAUGAAUUAAAAGAAAUUAUUCUUUCUACUUGUAAAAAAAAUUAUAAAUCAAAUAAUAAAGUCUUAUCGAGAGUAUUUCAGUCAUUCCGGAUUUACAUUAAUGAUGAGUUGAAAGCAUUAAAAGAAUUGUUAAUAUCUGCUCAUAAGUUAUUAAAGCAUAGAAGCAGGUUAAUUCUUAUCUCUUAUCAUUCUUUAGAAUAUAAAUGCAUACAAAAUUAUGCAGAAAACAGAAAAAAUUGGUGGAAAAAAAUUAAUGAAAACCCCAUAACUCCAAAUGAAAGGGAAAUAAGACUCAAUAACUCCUCCAGAUCUGCAAAGAUGACUGUUUUUGAAAAAAUUUAA